GAUUUUGUUGUAAAUUUAGUAUUUACGGGUGGAAAAUUGCCAGAUUUCUUUAUCUAAACACAUCCAGAACUGUUUCCCUGUAAAAAUGGAUUCACUAAUGGAACCUACACUGUACACCAUCAAAGGAAUGUGCAUACUGGACAACGACGGAAACCGGAUACUGGCCAAGUACUACGACAAAAACGUAUUCCCCACGGUCAAAGAGCAGCGGGCGUACGAGAAGAACCUGUUUAACAAAACGCACCGUGCGGAUGCGGAAAUCAUUAUGCUGGAUGGGUUGACCUGCGUGUACAAGAGUAACGUGGAUCUGUUUUUCUACGUAAUGGGCAGCACGCAGGAGAACGAGCUAAUACUACUGUCCGUGCUGAACUGCCUGUACGAUACGAUCACCAUGAUACUGAAGAAAAAUGUAGAAAAGCGAGCAGUGUUGGAAAAUCUCGACAUUGUAAUGCUGGCGUUUGAUGAAAUUUGUGACGGAGGCAUUAUCCUAGACGCAGAUCCAUCGUCCGUGAUGAAGCGAGUCGAUCUGCGAAACGACGACAUUCCGAUCGGGGAACAAACCGUUGCCCAGGUUCUACAGUCGGCCAAAGAGCAACUGAAAUGGUCACUGCUAAAGUGAGACCGUGCAGGAGUUGUUUUCUUAGAUUUGCUUC